AGACAGGGCAGGGACGGUUUCUUAACGCUUGAGUGAGGGGUGGUUGCCAUCCGCUGGUCUGGGUAUUACUAUCUUCUCCUCUCUUUCCCUUAGGAUCGUUCCGGAAUGCUUUCAGGACAUAUUUUGGAUAGAUGCGCAAUUGACCUGAUAUGCGGGACUAAUCUUCCACACAGAUACCGUGUCAACAAUAAUCUCUCUUCAAGCUCUAUAAUUGACUUCAAUCUCUUCUAAUUUCGCGGAAACGGAUUCGACGCUUUACAUCUAUUGUGAUAUAUUUUUUAUGCAAAUUUAAAAAGGACAUUUAAUUGUGAUAUUGGGGAAGCUCUCAGCAGUACCCUUUUGUUUACUGACAUGGAAGGCUUCAGCAACUCAGAGGAUAUGGGUCCCACUUUUUGUAUUGGACAACAUGAGAGCAAACGCGCAGUGCCGAUUACAACCCAGGUUGUACAGGCAGCACAUGAAAGCAAUUAUGAUAUGCUUACCGCCCCUAUAACCACAUCUCAUUUCCAUUCCCGGGUCCUCAGCCUGCUCUCUUCACACCUAUCCAGCAUACAGACAGCAUCUGCUGACGCCAAUGGAGCCAUGGGCUCAACUGAGAACAUACGGCCUCUGGUCAUUCCGCCUUUGACACCUUCUGAUACUCACAUGACCCCCAACGAGGCAAUGACCCAGGUCGUGGGAGUAACCAGUUCAUGGGUCGAUCUCUGUUCCCCAGAUCCGUUGAUCGCAGACAUCUCCCGCCAAGUUCUUAUGCUAGAGGUUGCCUACGCAGCUUUUUGUGGCAUUGGAUAUCUUUUGAUCCCAGGCCCUAAACUGCACCACAGGGAUAUGCACUUGGAAGGCUUGGUUUACUACGGAAGAGCAAUCCAGGAUGCCAUUAAUAUUGGCCCUUAUAUUCAAUUUAACAUCUGGUUGGGGGCAAUUGACAAUCUGGAUUUCGAGGUCGAUCAGAUGGGCGACCUAUCUCCCCUUGCCCGCGAAGAGUUCCUUGUAAAUUUGGACGCAGGUCAAUCGCCGAAAGAGGACCCAUUCGGAACCUGGGAGGCUUGGGACACCAUCAGGAGGACUUGUAAAUAUCACCCACGGCUUUUCGUAGCAAUCUCACUACAAAAGCAACUUCCUUCAAUGUCCGUCCAGUCUAGGUGGCAUUCAGAGCCGGUCCGUCUGCUUACAUUUAAUGCCAAUUCUUUCAUCAAAAAUCAGAAGGGUUACCCUGUUUUAUCCAAAGCUCAUCAAGCUUUGAUUUCUCGGUUCAUGCGUCUUCGAAGCCCACCAUGGAUUCUUCUAUGCGAUGUUGGUACUAUCCCAGGUGUUGAGACUGACAACUCUUCUGCUGUCAAUCUGGAGGGCGCUGAAUAUCCAAGUCUCGCGCAGGCAGCAGUUUCAAACAAGAAGCAUUACGACCCUACACCCCAUCUUUCAUAUAUUAGAAAUCUUCAGCAGCGGCAACCAGCUCGAACCGCCAUUGAAAGGUUCGGAGUAGGCUACCAAGAUUAUUUGCAGGCACCACUGCAGCCCUUGACAGUGAACUUGGAGAGUAUUACGUAUGAGGUCUUUGAGAAAGACCCCAUCAAGUACGAAUGGUAUGAACGUGCUAUUGCAAAAGCCCUGAGGGACUGGCAAGAGCAGAAAAAGCCCACCUCAAACCCGGACGGCCGAGUGGUGGUCGCUGUGGUGGGUGCCGGUAGAGGCCCGCUAGUCACUCGAGCGCUGAAAGCGAGCGCUGAAACGGGCGUUGAUAUUGAUCUGUGGGCUGUCGAGAAAAACCCUAACGCAUUCGUUCUCCUCCAACGUCACAAUAAAAAUUUCUGGGGAGGAAAGGUUACCCUUGUUCAAUCCGACAUGCGAAGUUGGAAAGGACCUCAAGUUGAGAGGAAGCUCUCGACUCCGCAACGUCCGGCACCAGUGGGCCAGUCUCUGGGUAUUGAGGAUUCAAUGCUUUACGAUGCCGAGUCUGAUCCAAAGAAUAAGGCACAAGGCCCCGAGGCGGUAGCCUGCGAGCCUGUCUCUGAGCUUGUACCCACUACUAUGGAUAUUGUAGUCUCCGAGCUGUUGGGCUCGUUCGGUGACAAUGAACUUUCCCCAGAAUGUUUAGAUGGUAUCACUCAUCUACUUCAUCCGGUUCACGGCAUAUCCAUACCUGAAUCUUAUACAGCCCAUCUCUCGCCCAUUUCGGCCCCGAAGCUCCAUGCUGAUGUCAUGCAUCAAACAAUUUCCAAUCCUACAGCCCCAGAAACCCCGUAUGUGGUGAUGUUACACGCUGUGGAUUUUCUCUCUACGAAGCAGUCUACCAGUAUAGGCAAUAGCACCGGUGCUGGUAGCUACCACAGCAACGUGCGCUCUUCCAUAUCGACGCUCCCUGGGAGCGAAACCCCGGCUCCAUUUGUACAGACCGCGUGGUCUUUUUCACACCCUAAUAGGCAUAUCGCUCCGCAGUCUCCUUCCACGUCAACGAUAUCGAAUGCACACAAUGUGCGCCGGACGCGACUGACUUUCCCGAUCCAGAACCGUGGAGUCUGCCAUGGCUUAGCUGGUUACUUUGAAACAGUGUUAUACCGGGAUGUUGAACUUUCGACCAACCCCGUUACUAUGGACAGUAAGAGUGCCAAUAUGAUCAGCUGGUUUCCAAUUUAUUUCCCCCUUAAGACUCCUCUCAACGUACCUAGUAACGGUGAGGUUGUCGUCACGAUGUACAGGCAAACGGAUGAUCGGAAAGUCUGGUACGAGUGGAUGGUAGAAGUGUUUGCUCUCGAACGCCACAUGGAGCCGCCAGCCCCAGAUUUCAUUGCUCCUGUCAUGAGCGGUGCUCGAGGCAAUUCUCCUGGUGCCGAUAGUAAGUCGCAACAGCAGAAACGUAGCGGCCAUAGCAGGACGCGCCGUGUGAAGGUGGGGAUGAGUGACUUGCACUCAAGCAUCAAGGAAGGAUGUCUGAUGUGAGAUGGGCGACUUUGGUUAUAGGAGAUCCAGUGCGGGUGACGGUUUGUCACAAAUAGAUCAUUGAGACAGAGUCGAGAUUUGCAGGAGAUAGGGGUUUCUGAGUAGUAUGAUGUUUUGGGUAUCAAUACCUGAGCCAACUGUUUCAUUCAUUGAUCGAAUAUACUUU